AUGGGACAUUUAAUGAUUUUGGCGACUUGUUCUCUUAAUCAAUGGGCUUUGGAUUUUGAAGGAAAUCUGAAACGUAUUUUAGAGAGUAUUAAUAUUGCAAAGCAGAAAGGAGCGACCUUACGUGUUGGUCCAGAACUUGAAAUAACAGGAUAUGGUUGUUUCGAUCACUUUCUUGAAGGAGACACAUAUCUUCAUUCUUGGGAAGUUUUGGGGAAAAUAUUACAAUCAGAAGAAACUCGAGGUAUUUUGCUUGAUAUCGGAAUGCCCAUAGCUCAUAAAAAUGUUAAAUACAAUUGUCGAAUUAUUAUUCUCGAUGGAAAAGUUUUAUUGAUUCGACCAAAAAUGUUCUUGGCUAAUGAUGGUAAUUAUCGUGAGUUGAGAUAUUUUACUCCAUGGUCACCAAGUCAACAUGUUGAAGAAUAUUAUUUACCCAGAAUUAUUAGAGAUAUUACAGGCCAGACCACUGUUCCUAUCGGUGAUGCAGUAAUUGCUACUAUUGAUACGUGCGUUGGUGUGGAAUUAUGUGAAGAACUGUUUACUCCAAACAGUCCGCAUAUUAGUAUGGGAUUGGAUGGUGUAGAAAUCUUUACAAAUAGUAGUGGCAGUCAUCACGAAUUACGAAAACUUCACAGGCGUAUAGAUUUGAUUAAAGAAGCAACACUAAAGAAUGGUGGAAUAUAUCUUUAUUCUAAUCAACAAGGUUGUGAUGGAGAUCGAUUAUAUUAUGAUGGAUGUGCUUUGAUUACUGUUAAUGGUCAGAUUGUAGCUCAAGGUUCACAAUUUUCUUUAAAAGAUGUGGUCAUGAUCACUGCAACAGUUGAUAUCGAAGAUGUACGUUCACACCGUGGACAAAGUAGCAGAGAAAUGCAAGCUGUUAAUAUUCGUCCAUAUCUUCGCAUUGAAGCACAAAUUGCAUUGUCGUCAUUAGAAAUCAGUAUGACACCAGGAUUUCGUCCUACAAAGCCUAUUAAAGAAAAGUAUCACACGCCAGAACAAGAAAUUUCAUUAGGACCUGCAUGUUGGCUCUGGGACUAUCUUCGUCGUUCAAAGACUAACGGGUAUUUUCUGCCACUGAGUGGAGGGAUAGAUAGUUGUGCUUCAGCAGUUAUAGUUUAUUCAAUGUGUCGUUUAGUUGUCCAAGCUGCAACGAACAAUGAUGUUCAAGUUAUUGAAGAUUCUAGAAGGAUCACCGGUGAAGGGAAAGAUUCAGAUUAUAUUCCGAAUGAUCCAAAAGAGUUUGCAAAUCGUAUUUUUCAUACUUGUUAUAUGGGAACGCAAAAUUCAAGUAGAGAAACCCGUGAACGUGCUAAACAUUUGGCUAAUUCUAUAGGAAGUUAUCAUAUCGAUUUUAAUAUGGAUAAUGUUGUGACUUCUAUACAUACCUUAUUUAAUUUUGUCACCAAUAAGACACCAAGAUUUCGGGUUAAUGGUGGAUCUGAUGUUGAAAAUCUUGCACUUCAGAACAUACAGGCACGAUUAAGAAUGGUGUUGGCAUAUCUAUUUGCGCAACUUUUACCUUGGGUGAGAAACAAGAAUGGAUCAUUAUUAGUGUUGGGUAGUUCUAACGUUGAUGAAUGCCUUCGUGGUUAUCUUACCAAAUAUGACUGCUCAAGUGCAGAUAUAAAUCCCAUUGGUGCUAUUAGUAAACUUGAUUUGCGUAAAUUUAUUGCUUACACAAAAAAUGAAUUUAAUAUUUCUGUGUUGGAUGAAUUCCUCAACGCGACACCAACUGCAGAACUUGAACCAAUUACUAACAAUUACGUUCAAUCCGAUGAGGUUGACAUGGGUAUGACAUAUGAAGAAUUAUCAAUUUUUGGAAGACUACGUAAAAACGAACGAUGUGGUCCAUUUUCAAUGUUCUCAAAAUUAAUACAUGAAUGGGGAGCGGAAUUACGACCAACUGAGAUCGCAUCAAAAGUAAAACGAUUCUUCUUUUACUAUUCUGUAAAUCGACAUAAAAUGACUACCCUUACUCCGUCUUAUCAUGCAGAAACCUAUAGUCCUGAUGAUAAUAGAUUUGACCUUAGACCAUUUUUAUAUAACACCGCUUGGAGUUGGCAAUUUAAAAAAGUUGAUUCACUGGCGAAAGACUUUGAAAAAAAUAAAAAGAUUAAUGUUCAAUGA